GAGAUUGUAGAUGCAAUUCAGAACGACUGGAAGAGUAGUCAUGGCGUUGUCUCCUCCAACUUUCACAGCAUCUGCAAGACUCUUGAUGCUCACAAGAUGAUCGUCACAUGGUUUCCAAGCAAGAAUGAAUAUGCAUCGGUCCUGUCCAGUGCGCUGAAGAUGGUUUUGCAGGCAUCAUUAAACCACGAAGAAAUUGCGGAUUACCUAUCCGGUGCUGUAGCUUCACUUUGCGAAAGAGUGUCGAUCUGCACCAAGUUGCUACCCAUCAUCAAAACAGACGAAUUAAAGGCACAGCUCGCGGAAGUAUACAAGAAGCUUUUCGUAUUUCUUUGGGAAGCAGCAAAGUGGUUCAAGAAAUCAAGCGCUCGAAGGUUUUUAAACAGCUUCAACAAAACCAUUGUAGAAGAACGGAAAAAAGCCGAAAGUGGCAUCAACUCUGCUAUAGAUCUGAUCAGGGAGCGUAGUCAGGUGGAGGGGCUGCGGUGGACCAACGAGAUCAAAGACAGUAGUCGGAACGUGGAAGACCGUUUAAAAGAGCUGGCCAUCAAAGUCGACGAAUGCCGAGAAGAAAAUCGCUUUUCUCAACAGGAACUCGUUACAAUUGGUAAAAGAAUGGUACUACUGCUCGAACAAAACUGGAAGAAGGCGGAUUUUGAAACCAAAGAACAACACGACAUGCAGUUCAUGACGACACAUUUUUUGGCAGCAGUGCCCGGAAACUCGCUACUGCACGAAAGACAAGAGGUCCAAGUUAAUCAAAGCUCGAGAUCAGAAGUGGAUUCGUACUGCCAGAAGUUUAAAAAAUCCAUUUUCGGAACAGAUGGUCUUGCUCUCGCAUACGAGGGCAGACUUUUGAUGGCGGAUCCAGACAUUAUCUACCGAGUCUCGAAUUGGGCAGCACGUGCCUCGACCGAGCCCCAAGUUCUUUGGAUCGAGUUUCCCUUCGAGUUACAGGAAGAUUCGAGUGCACGGAUGGCCGCAUUAGGCGUUAUCCUUACUGCUGCGCAAGCAGAUGCGCCUUUCAUAUCCUACAUCCCUGGACGGCCAAAUGCAGCAGAUAUUCCUCGCUCGCAAUCGAUGGAGGAAGCAGGCUUGUUGUCUGUUGUAUAUGGGUUGAUAAAGCAGCUCCUCCGCUUCAGGCCGGAAAAUGAUUCUUUUAGAAUCGAAAACGAUACACUCCAACAGCUCGAUGGAAGUAUGAGAAGUUGGCGAGUAGCUUUGAACUUACUUAAUAGUUUGCUCAAGCACACGACUAUCCUCCGGUACUGCAUCAUAUACGGGCUGAACGACUUUGAGGGUGAGGAGUCUGAGGGCCUUUGCAUGGAGUUAAUUAAGCUGCUCUUGUCUCACUCUCAUCGAACGGAUUCUCCGCUAAGCUUCCUUUUUACAACAAGCGGCCAAUCAAGAGUCAUGAAUGAAGUCAUUAGAAGGGAGGAUCGGGCUUGGACGGGAGUGUCGAUGAGGAUGCUAGGGAAACGAGGACAGAAUAUCAGUGUAUAA